AUCGCCCGUCUUGGAUGUCUCACGGUAUCCGAUAUCCGGACAUCCCUCGACUGGCUAUCCGUGAAUCCUAACGAUGCUAUGACAUUCUAUGUCCUCACCGCCAUUCUGGCUGCCUUUGAUUUGGUGGACCCCUCUUCUGUCGGUGGCAAGAAUCGCCAACGGCUGGCUACAGACAACACAAUGAUAACAUACAUGAAGCAGAAGCUCUCCCGCACUACCGAAUGGAAGGAUACUGGGUUGAAAGCAACCGUGUUGCUGAAGUGGACUCUCCUCUUGACAGAGACCCGUCACCGAGACCCCUCUCUGGAGGCCAGGGAGGGUUUCAAAACAUCAGAGCUUGAGACUCAGAUUUGGAACGCCGUCCAGGGUGAUGCAUUUACGUACCUCACCACAGCGCUUAUCCAGCUGCAGCAGAGGUCCAGAACCUCCCCAGCCACGUCGUUCGCAGCCUUCAUUGAGCUUACCCCUGAGCAGGAGCAACUAAGAGAACCACCUCAUGAAGACUUUAAGCUCGCCGUUCUGAAUGCUUGCGAUGCUCUCGUGCGCUCGGUUAUCACCUAUGCAUCCUCAGAGCUACGCAAGAUCAAGCAGCGUCAGGAGGACAUCGUUCUCGCCAGCGCACGUCUCUUCCGAUCGUUGACGCAUUCUGGGCCAGACUCAGACCCUCAAACAAAUCCUCGCAACGAUAUCGCCAUGUUGUACUUCAUUGGUCUCCUAUACUCCAUUCUUCCUCCCGAACGAGCUCUGCAGUUCUGGGGGGCUACGCCACUCACCGAAACCCAUCGUCUCACCUAUCUGGAGCUCACGGAGACCAAUGCAGGCAGACUUCCUUCCUUCCUUCAAUGGGCAGUCUGGUCCACGCAAACUCGUGAUGUUAUCAUGUCCACUGCGUUAUACGAUAUGUUGUCUGGUUUGGCAAAAGGCCAACAAUGCAGCGAGCUCGCAUAUAACUUCCUUGCUAGAGGUGGUGUAGAAGUCGUACCGGGGAGCAGCCUAGCUGGAAGCUCAUCGCACUACAGCGCUGGUUCGGCUGUGUCCUGGUUGAUCAUAUUCGCUCUGCUAGAAUCCUGGGCAGCUUCACCCAGUAGCCCCAAGCCCCAUCCACCUCCGCAACAGAACUUGGGAGGAUCGUUCAGUGGCUUCCGGUCAUCACAUUUCGCCGAGUCUCAAGCUGCCUCCCAACAGCAGCAGCAGAAACAGGUUGCAAUAGGACCCAACGAUGUUUUACUCGCCCAAGCGUUCCUCCGCCUUCUAUCUACGGUAGUAUCGUGCUCAGUUGCUGUCCGCCUCGCGAUCUCCGGAAACUCGCACUUCAGGGCUAUUCCAACGCUGGUCUCGCUGAUACCUCUUGGGAUACCCUUGGAGCUGAAGGGAGCCAUCUUUGACGCCCUCGCAGCAUUUUGUGAACCCGGGGCGGGCGUUGCUGGAGUGGAGAUAUGCAGAUCAGUAUGGACAUUGAUGGAGCGGUUAGAAGUCAUAAACGUCCGUGCAAGUUCUUCCCGUGUCGGGGGAGUAUUGCAUCCCGUCAAGGGCGUCGAGGUGGAGCUGGACGAGGUUGAAUCAAUUCAUAAACUCUAUCCCGCUACGAUCCCCUUCCUCAAACUCCUCAGCACCCUCAUUCACACUCCCAAACGCCUUUCCUUGAAGGACCUCGUAACGGAUUCGGAGCCGCUGAACACCAUUCCUGAUGCCCUUGGUCAACCAUAUCGUCUUCCUGGGAUUGCACCUUAUAUAUCCUUCGUUAUCGACAAUGUUUUCGCUAAUAUCCCGCGGAGAGAGUAUAGGCGACCUUCAGACAGGUGGCAGAUGAAUGACUUGUGUUUGUCCUUCGUCGAGCGAGUCCUCGCGAGCUACGAUCUCGAGCUAUUGGUCUCAUCGGGUGAAGAUGUCGUCUUGAAGCGGGAGGCCAUCGUUCCCCUCCUCGUCCACCCUGGGUAUGAUGUCAUGCAGCGUCUCUUGACGACCUCGCUAUUACAAACCAGCAUCUUGACGUACAUUGUGGAUGGCAUAGAAGGUUUCGAGAAAGGUUUCGCAGAUGAAGAACCGCAUUUCAAGAAUACGAUCGUGCGUGUUUUGCGAAUCGUCCACCGCGUUCUGGACAUCCAGGAUAUCUUCCUUGAUGUGCUCGUACCGCUCCUCACAGAGUUUGAUAGCUCGCAGUUUGUCGGCGUCGCUCAUGCUCGGUCGUAUUACACGCGUUUCGAUCAAGCGCUGUCGUAUGGCACGCAGCAUAUUCCUGCGAUUGCUACGUAUGUCGUGUACCCUUCAUACCCUGAGCUCGUCCUUCUCGCCGUCAAGAUCGUCACGCAUUAUCAUCGUCGGUCAGCAAACCUGACCACCCUCAUCGAGCGCAGCAACGACUCGGAUCGCAUCCUCAGCGGUUUCAGGCAGCUACUCAGUGUCGAGUCAUUCGAUGAUGUAGAUGUUAGCGAGACGCAGGCUGAACAGAGAAGCGCAAGAACCACUCGAUCAGGCGAUACGGCUUGCCAUCCUCGAAUUGCUCAUCCAGAACUCACGUCCAAACCGACCAUUCCCACUAUCGGCCAUUUCCUGUUAUUCGGUGGCCCAGAAAACGAGCAUCAAAUCCAAGAUCCACACGCAAUGGGUGCACGCAAAACGUGCGCCCAUGUCGUCAUUGACCUUGUCAACGCCGGCGUCCCAAGAGUGCACGCAAAAGGCAAAGAACGCGAACGCGAACGCAGGCUUGCGCGCCAAGUCGAUCCAUUGUUCAUUUCUAUCCCUGCUCUGGCAGAGCGCUGCUACCAGGUGAUCCACCAGCUCUGUGUACACCCACGGACAUCGGAGUCCACUAUGCGAUAUCUACGCACGCGAGAAGACUUCUUCGCGCGCCACCUCGCAGCCAUACCUUCCAAAGCCCCAGAAACGCACGAGGAGCCUGUCAUCGAGGUACUAUAUCAUGACGGUUCUCGUGUUAUCACCAGCGUAUCAACUCUACGAUCGUUCAUGGGCGUACGCUCUCGCGUCCUUGACCUAGUAUCCCUUGAUCUCCACGUCCUGACCCGCAAAGGCCACCACAAGGGCAUUCUGGAGGUUUUGCAAAUCAUAUUCGGCUCAGAAGCGAUGCCUGGUGAAGAUACGCUUGAUUGGGAUGUGGAUGCAUUGCAACCGUUCCAGGAGAUGGGCCAGUCUCAUCUUAGGAUCAUCGAGUCUGUCCAGUCCCUUAGCUUUGACUGGUCAGACAGCUUAGCCGUCCAUCCUGUCGAUCUGGAGCUUCUCGGUCAGCUCAACCUCCAGUCCUGCAUCCGUGUGGAUAGCACCGGGUGCGAAGUCGUUGAUAGAUCUGCGCUGUUGUCCCUGUUGACGCUCGCGCGACGUUCCCUUCACGCUCAAGGCCGAAUCACCAAUAGCGCGCACGCUGACAAACUGAACGCUGAAACCUCGUACGUCUUGGAGAGCUGUGCGAUCGAAAACAAUCGCCGUGAGGUUGCUUUUGCUGUCGCUACCGGAUACGAAGCAUGGUGGAGGCUAUUAGACAUCACCCUUACCAAGUGCUUCCAGCGUCUGCCGCACGACAGACGUGAAAACAUGCUCUUUGACUUGCUACACGUUCUACCUACUGCUAUCCGUUCCUCUGAUAUCCAGGAGCCUACUGCGAUUCUCCUUUCGGAAGCCGUGCUGUCUUGCAUCACGAAGCUGCGUGAAGAUCGACGUCAUCAAGUUAUGCUUCAGUCUGCUGGCGGGGACACUGACGCGGGCUCUUUGCCUGCGGAGAGGACUCUGGUUCGCGGCAACCUAUACGCUUCUUUGAUCAAUUACUUCCACCUCAUCGGAGGGAGUGAUCAGAGGCCUUCGGGAGAGGCGUCAAUGGAGACAUUUGGGAAGCACUCGUUAUCGAUGUCGAUGUCGAUGUCGAUGUCUCUCUCUGCAAUCUCCUCACGCGAUGAUUUGUCCCUGAAUGAAUCUCGAUCCAUCCGUGGGACGCCAACGCCUGCAACAAAUGUCUCGGCGCUAGAGCUGGGUACGCUGGCCGCGUUGAAAAGCGUGCUCGAGAGACUGGUCACGAUCGUAUCCCGGGACGCUAUCGAUGGUACUGAAGUUUGGAAGACCGUCGCUUUCAUGCUGCUAGACUCCCUCUCGCAGCUAUGCCGCUCGGACAAGUCCCGCAUGCUCCUUACAUCUUUGGUUCGCUAUGGGAUUUUGUCGAACUUCGUUCAGGGACUCAAGGAAGCGGAGUCGCAAAUGCAGCUUUAUCUGGACAAAACUGAAGGGAAUGAUGCAGAUGAUCUGAAUCCUCUGUACGUUUACGAGGCGAAGAUGUCCUUCUUGAUACGGAUGGCACAAACGAGGCCGGGGGCGGAACGGUUGCUUGAAGCUCGAAUUUUCCCGAUCCUGAGUCAGUGCGAGUUCUUGGACACGAGACCAGAAGCAGAUCAGUCGUUUAUGGCUAUUCAGCGAUACCACCAGAUUUUCAUGCCGGCGCUUCAGCUUGUUGCUGGGAUGCUGACGACGUUGGGAGCUCAGCAUGCUACAGCGAGUAGUCAGGCGCUCGACUUUUUAUCCAGCCAUCGAGAGACGAUCAUCAUCCUCCUAAAAAACGAUUCUGAAGAGAUUGGGUUGUCGAUCGUUCAAGAAAUCCACCUCGUGAUGUCGACAAAUUCUGGGUUUGGUGGUAUUCACAGUGCUGUGUUGGGCCUUGCAGCGAGGUGCCUUGGAAAUAGAAGCUGGAAUCAAGCGGUGAAACCUCAGACGGACACUGAAGUUUCGCAAGCUAGCGUCUUUGCACCCGGGCACGGAUCGACUACUCAAUUUGACCUGAGUUUGAGGCGCCAAGAACGGUUGCUCCUCAAGGCGAUCGUGGAGUAUCUGGGAACUGCUAGUGAAUUCACUGAACCUGAGAUCACGCUGGUGCUUUCUCCUGUGGUCACGGUCCCUCGACAUGACGAGCGGUCGUCUCGUUUCGUAGCCACCAUACCAACAGUCGGCGAUGCCAUCGAGACGCUGAAUGGACUGUGCGACGAUCUUUCAGAGACGUUGAAACAAAUAGCUGACUUGUCUGCUGAAUUGUCCUCGAGAGAUCAUAUUCGAGUCGACAAUAUCCAAGAGAUCGUCAGCGUAUCUGAUCCCGCUUUCCUGCAAGAUCUAGAUAUUACGCAGAAGAGAUCGUUGAUAUUCAGAGAGUAUGAGCGGCUCAGGAACGAGGCUCAGGAUGAGGUCAAAAACAUGCUCGGCACUACUGAGAUGGUGCUAUUGUUGCUGUGGCGCCAUCUGGUGAACUAUGUCGAGCGUGACAUGUCGAGCAGCGCUACCUCAGCGCCAGCCAUGAAUAUGAAGAGCACUCUCAGGCUUCUUCCACCUCCAGAUUCUGAUUCGUUCAAGGCGAACGCGGGCAAAAGAUUAGUUGGUGCGCUGGCGAGGUUAUCAACACUGGAUUUGACGGUGGAUACGCUGGGAACUGAGUGGCAAUCAUACCAGGGAUAUAUUGAGAUUAUGUCGCGGAGGUUGAGGGACACGGUUGGGUUGCAUGAGGCUCUGGAGUAG